AUGACCGCGCUGUGCAGAACGCGUAGCUCGCUGUUUUGCGCCGCGCGUCCGGGAGCGCAUCUGCGCGCGCCGCGGGCAUGGCACGACGGACACACUCGCGAGUCUGGUGCGCGGGACGCCGGAGUCGCAGUGGCUUUGAGGGUAGCCACCUCAGGCUCUCAUCGGAAGGCGGAGGCUGACGCGACAGGCAUCAGCGGGAGCGCUGACCGGCAGAUCCAAGCGAGCGUCCUCAACUGCGCUGAAGGGCCGUGUGUCUCAGUCCGCGAUGGGGACAGAGCCGCCGGUGCUCAGGGGCGACAAGCGCGGCCCAAGGGCAUGCUGAGUGAGGUCGGGGCUUGUGCUGGGUCCGGGGCGGCGAUCCCUCGGUGCCUUGGCGAAGAGCACUUGUCGCUAUUGUGUGGGAGCCCUGUCGAGAUCAGAGUAGUUGCGGCCGACGUUCAAGGACGUGGUCGAGCAAGCGAGGGCGGGGGCGACGAGCACGAGCCUAUCUGCGCGUGGAAAACGGCGAGCCGGGCCAGGGGCGACCUUGGUGCACUGCUGCCAGUGCUGUUGGCGUGGCGAGGAGCCGGCUGUUGUCGUCAGCAAGGCGAGGAGCCGGCUGUAGUCGUACGCUGGCGAGGAGCCUGCGAGGAGAGCCCACGGCGAGGAGCCCAGAGCAACGAGCUGGCGAGGAGCCGUGCUCCUCAGCGCGGCGAGGAGCUCGCACUGUUUGUCAGAGUGCGAGGAGCACUCUCGACUAGAGACAAGACUCCACACUCGGACGGUGCCUAUCCUCCCCUACCCCCUACUGCCCCCCAAUCUCGAGUCGGAACGAUCCGUGGGGAGUUUUGGCUCGAGAUUCCAACGAGAAGAGGUUGGCCUAAGGAUGAAGGAGGUGUGGUAGAGGGUGGGAAACUGCCCCAGAACUGGGCGAGUGUUUCGCGUUGCGGGGCGAGCGCGGAUGCGGAGCUGCAGGACGUGAGAUCAGGCGGCGGCGACGGACACGCAGAAGGCGGGGAGAUGCUGUUGCACGAAGGCAGACCGAGCGGUGGCGAGGGCGCAGAAGAGCGCAUCGGGAGGAGCGUGUCUGGCGAUGGAGAUGACACAUGCAGCGGCAAGGGCGAACACGCGGAGCCGGGAAAAGUCGUGCGAGUCGAGUGCAUCGAGUGCGAGUGGACGCACGCCCGGCGAGCAGCGCGGCGGCACGAGACAAGGCGAGGCGGCGCGAACAGGCUCACUCGCGUGCUGCGCGAAUUCGAGGGCUCGCUGGUAGGCGAGGGCCCGCUCUUCGUGUUGCUCGGCAGCUUGAAGCUGGCGCUUGUGGUGCGCGCGCACUUCGGCUCGUGCGAGCGAACGUGGCGAGACUGCGCGCACCGGCCGGUCCUCGCAAGGCACUUCGCUGAUAUCUCCUCCGUCUCCAAAAUGGGCACCGUGCUGGAGCGCGGCGCGAAUGUCGGAGGCACCGAGCCGGCGGGAGAAUCGUGCACGCGGGGCGCGCGCGAGGUCUGGCUGCGUUCGAGUGGAGACCCCUCGUCGAGCGCAGGCGGCCGCGCGAUGGGCGAGUGGCAACGUAGCAACACAGGGGUAGGCGCCUGGUCGCAGGACGGGAGAGUGUCGGGACGCGGGCUGUGCACAGCGGCGUGCGAGCUGCUCGAGCGCGGAGGUGAGAGAGGGCGAGCGGGAGCGGAGUCGGGUAGUAGGGACACCGUAGAUGGUGAAGCGAGGGAGGCGGGCGCACCCGCAAAACGCAGACGCGAGCCCAUGCGCGAGGACGCGGGAGACGUCGACGCGUCGGGCUCACCGUUGCGCAGCGCGCGCGGGUGCUCGACUUCGGGCCCAGCGGAGCCGGUGACGGCGGGGCAGCUUCUGGUACCGAGCGCGCGGGCUCGCGCAGCCCGAGUCGUCCUGACUCUCCCCUCCUCUCUGCCGCUACCCAUGCUCGUCCCUACGCGGUGGGUCGGUGCCGGCUGGCUGGCCGAAUCGUCCUGCCAGGCGAUCUUGCGUGCGCAAGACGCGCGGUUCGUAUGCGCGACGCGCGGCCCAUCGUCUGCAUUGGCGUUUGCGCGCGUCGAACCAGCCGUGUCUCGAACGUGCGGGUGGUCGACCGGGCGCGAGGGUGACGGCGGUCGAGGUGAGUCGACACGCGAGGGCACCCGAGCGAAGGGCGGAGUGAGCGCGGCGGGCAGAGCCGCGAGACGCACGAGCGAGGGCGGGUGCGAGUGCACGGGAGACGGCGGCCGGCGUGUGCUUUCCAAGGAAGACGGCGCAACGCGCUCGCGGAUCGCAGGCACGUCGAUCGGGAGCACGUCGGUCGGGAAUGAGGGCGAGCGUGCGGAGGACGGGGUGAGCGCGGCGGGCAGCAGCGUCGAGGGAGGAGCGAGUGCGGCGGGUGCGAGCGCGAGGGAGGCGGCAGACGGCGGGCGUGUCCGAAGGGAGCCGGCGGGUCGCGUUCGCGGAGCGCACGCGGAUCGGUCGAGAGCGCGUCGGUCCGCAGCGCGAAUGAGCGAGCAGAGGCGGGCGAGGGCGAGGGCAAGGGCACAUAGCGCGGGGGAGGUGGAGAGGAUGGAGGGUGAGGGACUGGGGUACUCACCAGAGCCCUAUCCUCUCUGCCAUUCUCCCUGCUGCUUCCUUCGUGGUGACUUGACCACGCAUUCGUCUGCGCGUCCCUGGGGAGCGCGGUCGCGCGCGUUGACGCGUCCGGCGCGUCGGUCUCGCAGGCGCAAGGCGCGCUGUUCGUGUGUGCAGCGCGCGGGCAUGCUUCGAGUUCGCGGACGCGCAGCGCCUCGGCCGUCCGCGUCGGGUGAGGGAGCCCCUGUCGGGGCGAUAGCCUGCGCGUUGGGGCGGCCGGAGCGAUGGGCUUGCGUGUCGACGCGUCCCGCGCGGCGGUCUUGCAAGCGCGAGACGCGCUGUUCGUGGGCCCAGCGCGCGGGCGUGCGUCGUCGUCGCGGAAGCGCAGUGCCUCGGCCGUCCGCGUCGGGUGAAGGACCUCCGGACGGUGCACUUGCGUGCGCCUUGACGCGUCGCGUUCGCCGUCGCGCAGAGCACGCGGAUGCUCGCCCGCGGGUCUUGCGCCGGCAACCGCGGGGCAGCUACCUGUACCGAGCGCGCGGCAGCUUCGCACAGCUCGGUACUCAGCUUGAGGGCUGCCCGCCGGGGUGGUGGUGCCUUGAACGGUCGGGUCGUCGGCCGGGCGCGAGAGGGGCGGAAGAGAGUGGUCGGCGCGAGAGUCGAGGACAGAGGGCCGCGCGUACAACGCGCUCCGGCGCUUACGCACCGGCUCAGUUCCCACGGACCUCCAGACGCACGGAACGGGCACUGGAGAGGCUGGCGAGUUGCGGGGAGUGGCGGAAAGGGGUGGAGGGUAGCCUCGAGGCGCGAUCGUCGAGGAGAGGGUGCGGGCGCUGUAAUCGCGCGCGCUGUUCAACGGGAAUGCGCGCUCGAGUUCCCGGAAUGGUGACAGGGCAUCCCACUGGGACCUGGGAAGCCACGUCGAUGAAGGCAUUAAAGCCAGGGGCGACCUUGGUGCACUGCUGCCAGUGCUGUUGGUCGUACGCUGGCGAGGAGCCUGCGAGGAGAGCCCACGGCGAGGAGCCCAGAGCAACGAGCUGGCGAGGAGCCCAGAGCAACGAGCUGGCGAGGAGCCGUGCUCCUCAGCGCGGCGAGGAGCUCGCACUGUUUGUCAGAGUGCGAGGAGCACUCUCGACUAGAGACAAGACUCCACACUCGGACGGCAUAGUGAUGCCUAUCCGUCACAAUCGCGCUGCUCGACACGCCCGCGCUCCACUGCACCACGUCAUAGGCGUGUCCGUUCGCGCCGUUUGCGGAAACGGCGGGCGGCAUUGCAAGGUGACGAUGUCUUGCUUGUCGAUGCUCGUCGAGCUCGUCAAGGUCUCGUGCACUGACAAGCCCAAUGUGCCUGCAAAACCGACGAAUGGAAGCAUCAUGCGGCAAAAGUACGCGACGCACACUUUGAGGUUGAGCCCAUGGGAGUACUACAUUGAUGUUGCCGCGGCGCACGAACUAGGAGUCCGUGAUCAUGAUCGCGGCGGCGGGGCCCAUGAAGAUGCAGUACCCGCUGAGGAACGCGAGCGCAAGGUGGCACGAUCAUCUCGCGGAAACAUCCCGCGCGAGAUGCUGGUCGUGGGCGCGGCUGUUCUGCAUGUUGCUGUGCGUAGCUCACGAAUUGAGCGUCGAAGAAAUGAUGAGAACGGGGCUGCGCGUCGUGCGUCCGAGUCGGUGCUCGUGUUCGGUGUGCGAGCAUUCUGUCUGGUACAUCUUAUCGCGCACAACAUGGCUGAGGGUGUUCCGAUGCGCAAGGACGUCGCUCGCUGGAACAGAACAAACACGAACGCAGGACGUACCAUGCCUGUCAGCGUCCUCUCCCCGUUGUUCACGUCCUCUCCAUGCAAGCACAGCCCAGAUGCGCCAGUACCUUCACCGUCGUCGCCGCGUGAGGCGAGAACAUGCGGGUCGGAUAGCGACGUACGUACAGUAGCAGUCAGAGACGUCGGAUGGCCCGGGAAGCAGCCUCUGGUGUGCCCGGUACAGGUGUUGCGUCCGACGUUGGACGUGGUCGAGCGCGGUGAGGGCGGGGGCGACGAGCGCGAGCAUCUGCGCGUGGAAAACGGCGAGCCGGGCGCGAGACAGAGCUGGCGCAAGACGGAGACACCAGCAGGGAGCACCAGCACGGUGUAG